AGGAGGCGGCGGGCGCGGCGAGCGCCGGGGGUGGGAGCUGCGCCGCUCAAGUGCGCGGCUCGGCGGAGCAUUACGGCGGCCGAGCGCUGCCCGGGCCGGCAGCGCGGAGCCCGCAGCGCGGCCAUGGCCGAGCGCCGCGCCUUCGCCCAGAAGAUCAGCAGGACCGUGGCAGCUGAGGUCAGGAAGCAGAUCUCAGGCCAGUAUGGAGGCUCCCCACAGCUCCUCAAGAACCUCAACAUCGGAGGCAGCGUCUCUCACCACACCAGUGUGCCUCUCACAGAAGCUGUGGAGCCCGUGGACCUGGAGGAGUAUCUCAGCAGCCACCCCGUGGCCGUGGAGCCGGGGCCCCUGCGGGACCUGCUGGAGUUCCCCCCGGAUGACAUCGAGGUGCUGUCCACGCCCCGCGAGUGCCGCACGCUGGUGUCGGCCGUGCCCGAGGAGAGCGAGAUGGAUCCCCACGUGAGGGACUGUGUCAGGAGUUACACGGAGGACUGGGCGAUCGUCAACAGAAAAUACCACAAGCUGGGAACUGGGUUCAACCCCAACACCUUGGACAAACAGAAGGAGAGGCAAAAAGGGCUCCCCAAGCAGGUCUUCGAGUCUGACGAAUCUCCAGAUGGCAACAGCUACCAGGAUGAACAAGACGACCUGAAGCGGCGCUCGAUGUCCAUGGACGACACGCCCCGGGGCAGCUGGGCCUGCAGCAUCUUCGACCUCAAGAACUCCCUGCCCGAUGCCCUGCUCCCAAACCUGCUGGACAGAACCCCAAACGAGGAGAUUGACCACCACAACGAGGACCAGAGGAAGUCCAGCAGGCACAAGGAGCUUUUUGCACUGCACCCAGCUCCAGAUGAGGAGGAGCCCAUAGAGAGACUCAGUGUCCCUGAAGUACCCAAAGAACACUUUGGCCAAAGACUCCUGGUGAAGUGUUUGUCCCUGAAAUUUGAAAUAGAAAUUGAGCCCAUUUUUGCAAGUUUGGCUUUGUAUGAUGUUAAAGAAAAGAAGAAGAUUUCAGAGAAUUUCUACUUUGAUUUAAACUCUGAGCAAAUGAAGGGAAUGCUUCGGCCUCAUGUCCCCCCUGCUGCUAUUUCCACCCUGGCCAGAUCUGCCAUCUUUUCUAUCACCUACCCAUCCCAAGAUGUCUUUCUAGUCAUAAAGCUGGAGAAAGUUUUACAGCAGGGAGAUAUUGGGGAGUGUGCAGAGCCUUAUAUGAUUUUUAAAGAAUCUGAUGCAGCAAAGAACAAGGAGAAGUUGGAAAAACUGAAAGGCCAGGCAGAGCAGUUUUGCCAAAGACUGGGGAAGUACCGGAUGCCUUUUGCCUGGACAGCCAUUCACCUCAUGAACAUUGUGAGCAGCGCUGGCAGCUUGGAGAGAGAUUCCACAGAAGUUGAAGUUGGCACAGGAGAGCGGAAGGGCUCGUGGUCGGAGAGGAGGAACUCCAGCAUCGUGGGGCGGCGCUCCCUGGAGAGGACCACGAGUGGGGACGAGGCUUGCAACCUGAGCAGCUUCAGGCCAGCCACCCUGACAGUCACCAACUUCUUCAAACAGGAGGGGGAUCGCCUGAGCGACGAGGACCUGUACAAGUUCCUGGCUGACAUGAGACGUCCCUCGUCGGUGCUGCGCAGGCUCCGGCCCAUCACAGCUCAGUUGAAGAUAGACAUAUCUCCAGCUCCAGAGAACCCCCACUACUGCCUAACCCCAGAGCUGCUGCAAGUCAAGCUUUACCCAGACAGCAGAGUCAGACCUACCAGAGAAAUCCUGGAGUUCCCUGCCAGGGAUGUCUACGUCCCAAACACCACAUACAGGAAUCUCCUUUAUGUGUAUCCACAGAGCCUUAACUUCGCCAACCGCCAGGGAUCUGCCAGGAACAUCACAGUGAAAGUGCAGUUCAUGUAUGGAGAGGAUCCCAGCAAUGCCAUGCCGGUCAUCUUUGGCAAAUCCAGUUGUCCUGAGUUUUCCAAAGAAGCAUACACAGCUGUGGUGUAUCACAACAGAUCUCCUGAUUUUCAUGAGGAAAUCAAGAUUAAACUUCCAGCCACUUUGACAGACCACCACCACCUGCUUUUUACUUUCUACCACGUCAGUUGCCAACAAAAGCAAAACACACCCCUGGAGACUCCAGUUGGCUACACCUGGAUCCCAAUGCUUCAGAAUGGCCGGUUAAAGACAGGUCAGUUCUGUCUUCCUGUGUCAUUGGAGAAGCCACCACAGGCUUAUUCAGUGCUUUCCCCAGAGGUUCCCCUCCCUGGGAUGAAGUGGGUGGAUAACCACAAAGGAGUUUUCAACGUGGAAGUUGUUGCUGUGUCAUCCCUCCACACUCAGGACCCUUACCUCGACAAGUUCUUUGCACUUGUCCAUGCUCUGGAUGAGCACAUGUUCCCUGUGCGAAUAGGAGACAUGAGAAUUAUGGAAAACAACUUGGAAAAUGAACUGAAGAGCAGCAUUUCAGCUUUAAAUUCCUCUCAACUGGAGCCGGUAGUGCGAUUUCUUCAUCUCCUGCUUGACAAACUGAUCCUUCUGGUAGUAAGACCUCCUGUCAUUGCAGGCCAAAUAGUUAACCUGGGCCAGGCAUCUUUUGAAGCAAUGGCAUCAAUUAUAAACAGACUUCACAAGAACUUGGAUGGCAACCAGGACCAGCAUGGCAGGAACAGCCUUCUUGCUUCCUAUAUUUAUUAUGUUUUUCGCCUACCCAACACCUAUCCCAACUCACCAUCACCAGGUCCCGGCGGCCUGGGCGGCUCGGUGCACUACGCCACCAUGGCCAGGUCGGCCGUGCGCCCCGCCAGCCUCAACCUGAACCGCUCGCGCAGCCUCAGCAACAGCAACCCCGACAUCUCGGGCACCCCCACCUCGCCCGACGACGAGGUGCGCUCCAUCAUCGGCACCAAGGCUACGGAUCGAAGUUGUAAUCGUAUGUCUUCGCACACUGAGACGUCAAGUUUCUUACAAACAUUAACAGGACGAUUACCAACCAAAAAGCUUUUCCACGAGGAGCUGGCCCUGCAGUGGGUUGUGUGCAGCGGGAGUGUGCGGGAGGCAGCCCUGCAGCAGGCCUGGUUCUUCUUCGAGCUGAUGGUGAAGAGCAUGGUGCAUCAUCUGUAUUUUGCUGACAAACUGGAUGUGUCGAGAAAGAAUCGUUUCCCGGAGCGCUUCAUGGAUGACGUGACUGCACUGGUCAGCACAAUCGCUGGUGAUAUAGUCUCCCGCUUCCAGAAGGACACGGAAAUGGUGGAGCGGCUCAACACCAGCCUCGCGUUUUUCCUCAAUGAUUUGUUGUCCAUCAUGGACAGAGGAUUUGUGUUUAAUCUUAUUAAGACCUGCUACAAACAGGUGUCUUCAAAGCUGUAUUCCUUAUCAAAUCCAAGCAACCUGGCAUCUCUGAGGCUGGACUUCCUGCGCAUCAUUUGCAGCCAUGAGCACUAUGUCACCUUGAAUUUACCCUGCAGCUUGCUCACACCACCUGCAUCUCCAUCACCAUCUGUGUCUUCAGCCACUUCCCAGAGUUCUGGGUUCUCCACAAAUGUCCAAGACCAGAAGAUUGCAAAUAUGUUUGAGUUGUCUGUGCCUUUCCGCCAGCAGCAUUACCUGGCUGGGCUGGUGCUCACAGAGCUGGCUGUCAUUCUGGAUCCUGAUGCAGAAGGUUUGUUUGGAUUGCAUAAGAAGGUCAUCAACAUGGUACACAACCUGCUGUCCAGCCACGACUCGGACCCGCGGUACGCUGACCCCCAGGUAAAGGCCCGGGUGGCAAUGCUGUAUCUACCUCUGAUUGGCGUGAUCAUGGAAACUGUGCCUCAGCUCUAUGACUUCACAGAGAGUCACAACCAGCGGGGGAGGCCGAGCUGUGUCACCGUGGACGAUUACGAGAGCGAGGGUGGCAGCAUGAUCAGCCAGACUGUGGCCAUGGCCAUUGCAGGGACUUCUGUCCCCCAGCUCACCAGGCCCAGCAGUUUUCUACUCCCUUCUUCGAGUGGCAGGCAGCACUCCACCUUCUCAACAGAGUCCAGCCGCAGCCUCCUCAUCUGCCUGCUCUGGGUGCUGAAGAAUGCAGAUGAGAGUGUCCUGCAGAAAUGGUUCACUGACCUGUCAGUGCUGCAGCUCAACCGCCUGCUGGACCUGCUCUAUCUCUGUGUGUCCUGCUUUGAGUACAAGGGCAAGAAAGUGUUUGAAAGAAUGAACAGUCUGACGUUUAAGAAGUCAAAAGACAUGAGAGCCAAACUUGAAGAAGCAAUUUUGGGCAGCAUAGGGGCAAGGCAGGAAAUGGUCCGGAGAAGUAGAGGACAGCUGGAGAGGAGCCCUUCUGGGAGUGCCUUUGGAAGUCAGGAGAAUCUGAGAUGGAGAAAGGAUAUGACUCACUGGCGGCAGAACACAGAGAAGCUUGACAAAUCAAGGGCAGAGAUAGAACACGAGGCACUCAUCGAUGGGAAUCUUGCAACAGAAGCCAACCUGAUAAUUUUGGAUACUCUAGAGAUAGUUGUACAGACGGUGUCCGUGACAGAGUCCAAGGAGAGCAUCCUGGGUGGGGUGCUCAAAGUGCUGCUGCACAGCAUGGCCUGCAACCAAAGUGCCCUUUACCUCCAGCACUGCUUUGCCACACAGAGAGCUUUGGUCUCAAAGUUCCCUGAGCUGCUGUUUGAGGAGGAGACAGAGCAAUGUGCAGACCUGUGCCUGAGGCUCCUGAGGCACUGCAGCAGCAGCAUUGGCACCAUCAGGUCCCACGCCAGUGCCUCCCUGUACCUCCUCAUGAGGCAGAACUUCGAGAUUGGCAACAAUUUUGCCAGAGUGAAGAUGCAGGUGACCAUGUCCCUCUCAUCCCUGGUGGGGACAUCCCAGAACUUCAAUGAAGAAUUUCUGCGGCGUUCCCUCAAGACUAUUCUGACAUAUGCUGAAGAAGAUCUGGAACUUAGGGAGACAACAUUUCCUGACCAGGUCCAGGAUUUAGUGUUCAACCUCCACAUGAUCCUGUCGGACACAGUUAAAAUGAAGGAGCACCAGGAAGAUCCAGAAAUGCUGAUUGACCUGAUGUACAGGAUUGCCAAGGGCUACCAGAAUUCCCCCGACCUGCGGCUGACCUGGCUGCAGAACAUGGCAGGGAAACAUUCCGAGAGGAGCAACCACGCCGAGUCUGCCCAGUGCCUGGUGCACUCUGCAGCCCUGGUGGCCGAGUACCUGAGCAUGCUGGAGGACAGGAAGUACCUCCCUGUGGGCUGUGUCACAUUUCAGAAUAUAUCUUCCAAUGUUUUGGAAGAAUCAGCAGUUUCUGAUGAUGUUGUGUCUCCAGAUGAAGAAGGAAUCUGUUCUGGGAAGUAUUUUACAGAAGCUGGUCUGGUGGGAUUGCUGGAACAGGCUGCAGCAUCUUUCUCCAUGGCUGGCAUGUAUGAAGCAGUUAAUGAGGUUUACAAAGUACUUAUUCCUAUUCAUGAAGCCAACAGAGAUGCCAAGAAGUUGUCUGCUAUUCAUGGUAAACUGCAGGAAGCAUUCAGCAAGAUUGUUCACCAGAGUACUGGCUGGGAGAGGAUGUUUGGCACCUACUUCCGAGUUGGUUUUUAUGGAACUAAGUUUGGAGACCUGGAUGAGCAAGAGUUUGUUUACAAGGAACCUGCAAUAACCAAGCUGGCUGAAAUCUCCCAUCGGCUGGAGGGGUUUUAUGGAGAGCGCUUUGGGGAAGAUGUGCUGGAGGUGAUCAAGGACUCAAACCCUGUGGACAAAUGUAAACUUGACCCCAACAAGGCCUACAUCCAGAUCACCUACGUGGAGCCCUACUUCGACACGUACGAGAUGAAGGACAGGAUCACCUACUUCGACAAGAACUACAACCUGCGGCGCUUCAUGUACUGCACGCCCUUCACGCUGGACGGCCGCGCCCACGGCGACCUGCACGAGCAGUUCAAGCGCAAGACCAUCCUCACCACCUCCCACGCCUUCCCCUACAUCAAAACCAGGAUCAACGUCAUCCACAAGGAGGAGAUCAUUUUGACCCCCAUUGAAGUUGCCAUUGAGGACAUGCAGAAGAAAACACAGGAACUGGCUUUUGCCACCCACCAAGACCCUGCAGACCCCAAGAUGCUGCAGAUGGUGCUGCAGGGAUCAGUAGGUACCACAGUGAAUCAGGGACCAUUAGAAGUUGCACAAGUUUUCUUGUCUGAAAUCCCCAACGACCCAAAGCUCUUCAGACACCACAACAAACUUCGCCUCUGUUUCAAGGACUUCACAAAAAGGUGUGAGGAUGCCCUGAGGAAGAACAAGAGCCUGAUCGGGCCGGACCAGAAGGAAUAUCAGCGGGAGCUGGAGCGCAACUACCACCGGCUCAAGGAGGCUCUGCAGCCCCUGAUCAACAGGAAGAUCCCACAGCUCUACAAGGCAGUGCUGCCUGUCACGUGCCACAGAGACUCCUUCAGCAGGAUGAGCCUUCGCAAAAUGGAAAUCUAAACGAGUUAAAAACCAAAAUAAAAAAAAAAAAAAGCACUUAAAAAUUAAGGUUUUGAAAAGAAAAAGAGCCUUGUUAUCAGCGCUGGGAAUCAAAGAAGUUUUAUUGUGAAAUAAAACUUGGACUUCAUCCUGGACAUCCCACACAACCUCUUCCUCCAUCAAAGUGUUCAGUGGCCAAAAAAUCAUUCUGAAUUGUCAAAUGUAGACUUCUCAAUGUUUGAAAAGAAAAAACAAAACCAUCAUGGCAGUGGUAUCCAGAGUAUUGGUGAUGAGCUGUAAACUGACCUGUUUUUUAAGGCAUUUUUAUGACUCAAAGGUACACUAAACGCAUUUACCUUUAUUUAUAGCAUUACCUAAUGUUAAAUUUAUUUUACUUUUAGUUCCUAUAUUUAAUUUAUAUUAGGACCAUACGCAAAUGCAUUUUGGAAGUUUUUAAUGUAGUGAUGAUGCUGAUGGUUAUUUUGAUGGUACUAUUAAAUAUGUGAAUGUUUACACUUUAA